CAAAGAUUUGAGUGAGAAAAAUACAUUUAAAAGUCUUCUUAUUUCAGCUGCUACCGUUAGGGGGCGCCACAACGUCAUAUUUUUCUACACUACCCUGAUUUACAUUUCUGUCUCGUGAAAAAAAAAAAAAAAUUAUAUAAUAUAUAAGAAAUUCAUAUCGAAAUAAAUUAACUUUUCAUAAAUUUAGGAGAAACCCACCACUUCAAUGAGAUUACAAUAAAGAAAGAGAAGAGGAGGAAUCAGGACAGGAAGUGACAUCAGCUUCUAUUAUCAAGGCAUUUAAGAGAAGCACCCAUUUUGAUUAGGUAACUACAUUUUUAAACACAGAUAUGAGUAUAAACAUGACAAAUCAACAGUUUUGUAUGAGUUGAAACAGGACAUGUAAAUUGAACAGGGUAAAUUAUACACCUGUAACAUCUAUAGGUUUAAAACGAGGAAAAGGGUUGUUACGUCACAGGCGAUGUGGGCGUGGCUAAAUAACGCUGAUGUGAAGCGCAAUCCAGAGAUUCAUCGUGUUUCAUCUCUCUCGAACAGACAUGGAUCGCUCUCCUUAUGCCCCUGACAGCCCCACGGAGCCCACAGCGCCUUCUACAGCACCAUGCACAACACCCUGCACCACCACCACGUCUUGCACCAUGGAGGUCUCUGAAGCCCAGGUUUUCUGUAAUGAUGACCUCCCAGACCUGGAGUGUGCCGUGUGUUUCAGUCAGUUCAACAACGUCUUCAACACACCCAAAGUGCUGCAAUGUGGCCACACCUUCUGCCUGGAGUGCCUCGCACGCAUCAACAUAAAAUCCUCUCAGCCCGACAGCCUGCAGUGCCCUCUGUGCAGAGCGUACACCCCUGUGCCCACCCUGGGCCUCCCUAAACUGGCGACAGACAGCGUGGUGCUGUCCUGCCUCCCCGAGGCCAUGCAGCGUGUCUACAGCAUCCACUUCAACCGCAACAGAGGCAAGCUGCAGUUGAAGGGCAUCCCCAGCUCUGUCCCACCUUCCCCGAACCGUCAGCACCGCAGCCUGGACCUCGGGGAGCAAGUCAACACUGAGCUGGAACAUUAUCCACCCAGCGGUGUCUGCCCCCGCUUCAUCCUGAUCAUGGAGAUAGCAUUCCUUAUCAUCGGUUUCUGCCUCCUUUUCUUAGUUUUUCACUUACACAAUUUAAAGCCAGAGAUUGGCUUACAUGCACACGAUUUACCUUGACUGUUGAUUUGUGUAAAGCUGCUUUGAGACAAUGUCUGCUGUGAAAAGCGCUAUAGAAAAAAAC